ACUAGAGACGACUUCCUGGGUCAAGUGGACGUGCCACUUAAUCAUCUACCGACAGAAGACCCAACCAUGGAACGGCCAUACACAUUUAAGGAUUUCCUUCUCAGACCAAGAAGCCACAAAUCUCGGGUAAAGGGUUUCUUGAGACUGAAAAUGGCCUAUAUGCCAAAAAACGGAGGACAAGAGGAAGAAACUACUGAACAAAGGGAGGAAUCUGAGCGUGCAUGGGAGGUGGUUGACUCCAAUGACUCUGUAUCUCAUCAUCAAGAGGAGUUACCACCUCCUCCACUGCCUCCUGGAUGGGAAGAAAAAGUGGACAAUUUGGGACGUACUUACUAUGUCAACCAUAACAACAGGACAACUCAGUGGCACCGACCAAGUUUAAUUGACGUUGCAUCUGAUUCUGACAACAACAUCAGACAGAUAAACCAAGAGGCAGCCCAUAGACGGUUUCGUUCUCGGAGACACAUUAGUGAGGAUUUGGAGCCUGAGCCUUCGGAGAGUGGAGAUGCAUCUGAACCCUGGGAAACCAUUUCAGAGGAAGCGAGUCUAAGUGGAGAUUCCUUAAGCCUGUCAUUGCCACCACCCCCGGCUUCUCCAGUCUCGCGGACCAGUCCUCAGGAGCUGUCUGAUGAAUUGAACAGAAGACUUCAGGUCACUCCUGAUUCCAAUGGGGAACAAUUUGGUUCUUUGAUUCAGAGAGAUCCUUCUUCAAGAUUGAGAUCUUGCAGUGUAACAGAUGCAGUUGCUGAACAGUCUCACUUAUCACUGCAGAGUGGUCCAUCUAGGAGAGCUCGUUCUUCAACUGUCACAGGUGGUGAAGAACCAACGCCAUCAGUGGCCUACGUACAUACUACACCAGGCUUACCUUCAGGCUGGGAAGAAAGAAAAGAUGCUAAGGGACGUACAUAUUAUGUCAAUCAUAACAAUCGAACCACAACUUGGACUCGGCCCAUUAUGCAGCUUGCAGAAGAUGGUGCAGUUGGGUCAGCAGCAAACAGUAACAACCAUCUAAGUGAGCCUCAGAUAAGGCGGCCUCGUAGCCUCAGCUCACCCACAGUAACUUUAUCUGCUCCACUUGAGUUUGCCAAAGACUCACCUGUGCGCAGAGCUGUCAAGGACACCCUUUCCAAUCCACAGUCUCCACAGCCGUCACCCUAUAAUUCUCCUAAGCCCCAACACAAAGUGACACAGAGCUUCUUGCCACCUGGUUGGGAGAUGAGAAUAGCUCCAAAUGGCAGGCCCUUCUUCAUUGAUCAUAAUACUAAGACUACCACAUGGGAAGAUCCACGGCUGAAAUUUCCAGUGCAUUUGAGAUCAAAAGCUUCUUUGAACCCUAAUGAUUUGGGCCCUCUUCCUCCUGGUUGGGAGGAAAGAAUCCAUUUGGAUGGAAGAACAUUUUAUAUAGAUCAUAAUAGUAAAAUUACUCAGUGGGAAGACCCCAGAUUGCAGAACCCUGCUAUUACUGGUCCUGCUGUUCCCUAUUCCAGAGAGUUCAAACAGAAAUACGAUUACUUCAGGAAGAAGUUAAAGAAACCAGCUGAUAUACCAAACAGAUUUGAGAUGAAACUACACAGAAACAAUAUUUUUGAGGAAUCCUAUAGAAGAAUCAUGUCUGUGAAGAGGUCUGAUGUACUAAAAGCCAGACUCUGGAUUGAAUUUGAGUCAGAAAAAGGACUUGACUAUGGAGGCGUGGCUAGAGAAUGGUUCUUCCUGUUGUCUAAGGAGAUGUUUAAUCCUUAUUAUGGUCUCUUUGAAUAUUCCGCAACGGACAACUAUACCCUUCAGAUUAAUCCCAAUUCAGGUCUUUGUAAUGAAGAUCAUCUGUCCUAUUUCACGUUUAUUGGACGAGUUGCUGGCCUGGCAGUGUUUCAUGGGAAGCUAUUAGAUGGCUUCUUCAUCAGGCCUUUUUAUAAGAUGAUGCUAGGGAAACAAAUAACGCUGAAAGACAUGGAGUCAGUGGAUAGUGAAUAUUAUAACUCUUUGAAAUGGAUCCUGGAAAAUGACCCUACGGAGCUGGAUCUCAUGUUUUGCAUAGAUGAGGAAAACUUUGGACAGACGUAUCAAGUCGAUUUGAAGCCAAAUGGGUCAGAAAUCAUGGUAACAAAUGAAAACAAAAGGGAAUAUAUUGACUUAGUCAUCCAGUGGAGGUUUGUAAACAGAGUUCAGAAACAAAUGAAUGCUUUCUUGGAGGGAUUCACAGAACUCCUUCCUAUAGACUUGAUUAAAAUUUUUGAUGAAAAUGAGUUGGAGUUAUUAAUGUGUGGCCUUGGCGAUGUUGAUGUUAACGACUGGAGACAACAUACAAUCUACAAGAAUGGUUACUGCCCAAAUCAUCCUGUCAUCCAGUGGUACUGGAAGGCUGUCUUACUGAUGGACGCUGAAAAGCGUAUCCGGUUGUUGCAGUUUGUUACUGGGACAUCACGAGUGCCUAUGAAUGGAUUUGCUGAACUUUAUGGUUCAAAUGGUCCUCAGCUGUUUACAAUAGAGCAAUGGGGAAGUCCUGAAAAAUUGCCCAGAGCUCACACAUGCUUUAAUCGCCUUGACUUACCUCCUUAUGAAUCUUUUGAAGAUUUACGAGAGAAGCUUCUUAUGGCAGUUGAAAAUGCUCAAGGAUUUGAAGGAGUGGAUUAA